CAACGGUUUAGUGAGCGAGUGAUAGCCAAAAGGGGCACGAGCACGAGAAUUUUGGGCCAGUCGGUGUCAGUGUGCGUUGUGAUGUGAUGUGAGACACAGCAAAGAUGCUAUAAGAUCCACAAAAACGAAACAGAAAAACUAAGUAAAUGUAAUUCAGCAAUUAAAACCAAAAAACAACAACAACAACAAAAACAGAGUGACGCGAGACGAAAAACAAGCGCGCAAGCAAGAGGUGAAAAAGAAAAUAAGGUGUAAUAUAGAGUGAGGUGUAAAGUGAAUAAACUGCACAGAGCGACAAAGCCAAGCAGCAUGUGAAGUCGUGGGGCGCAGCCAGCGAACGUACAAAAUAAACGAUAUUUAUGCUCUGAAUAUUGGAGAGCUUACAAAAUUUACGUGGCAGAUGAAAUACAACGAAAUUCAAUUGGUUUUGAUUUUGCAAUAAAGCCAACAGCAGCAGAUAUACAGAGCAAUAUAUAUACCAUAUAGCUCUGAUAGCAUUUGAGAGCAGGCUUCAAGGUUAGAUCGAUUCUGUUGAAUCUGAAGCCCUUGAGCAAAUUACAGUCUACAGGCUGGAAAAUGUUGAACCCGCACGAGGCCAGGUGCAUAUACCAUAUGCUAAUAAUGUGCCUGCCAAUAUUUGCCGGGAUUCAGCUGAAUGUCGCCAGUGCAACGACAGAAUUGGACUUGUCACCCAUUCCUCAGCUAUGCGAUCCAAUACCAUGUCCGGCAGAUGCGGACAUGCAGUGCCCGGAGGACAGCGCCAUACGAGAGAUGAGUGAGAUAAAUACCGUGGAUCUGUACGGCUCGAAUGCGGUGGGCAGCGUCAAUGCAGCAAUUGCGACCACGGAGAAGUCUUUUUUCAACAGCAGCCUGGUGCCGGACGAGCUCUUUGCCCAGUGCUGUCUGUCCAAGAAGUGUGUGUGCAAGACGUGCUACAUUCCCGACUGCAACAGCGAUGAGGGCGAGGUUGUGGUCGAGCUGCAGCCGGAGGCGAUGAACACGCCCGGCCAGUGUUGCGGCAAGUAUGAGUGCAAAAGGGAGCCCAACUGCACCGAAGUGUGGGACACCGAUUACUAUUGGCUGCAGAGCUGCCAGCGCUGUUUGUGCACAUCCGGUGCGCGAAUUUGUCAGCAGAGCUGCGACGAGGGCACCAAUGCCAUAUGCGAAUCAAAGAACCUGAACACGUUCUUCAAGGACGGCGAAAAUUGGGAGGAUGGCUGCUAUCAGUGUGAGUGCGUCAAGGGCGAGCAGAAGUGUGUUAUACCCUUCUGCGGUCAUGUCAAUUGUCCCCAGGAACGUCAGGUUAUUCUGAAGGACAGCUGCUGCCCGGUCUGCUGGCCCAAGGGUGAACCAAUGCCGCACGAGAAGCCGCGCAACUAUGACGAUGGCUAUGGCUACGAUAGCGAGGAGCAGCAGGUGCAACUGCAUCAGCAGCAUCUAGAAGCCAAAACCGAGCUGCCCAUUGCGCCACCUGCCCCCACUACAACAACGGCUGCAACCACCACGAGCACCGCUCAACGCGCUGAACCGAUCGACUUUGUGAGCAGCAGCCCCGCUGCCCCACCGCUACCACCCUGCCACGAUUUUCCCAAGGUGGUGGAGGUCGUACAUCAGAAUAGUAUCACAGCACAUCUUUAUCCCAUUAUUGUCAUUUUUCUGUUCGUUAUCAUUGCUGCCCUGCUCUGGUACAUCAGGCGUCUGCAUGCCAAACAGCGCUCCUACAGGCCCGUCUCCAACUUUGACGAUAAGGUCUAGACUCUUGCAAAAAAAAACAAAAGAUGGCUAAAUAGAAGAAAAACAAAUUUCAUAAAGAAGAAGAAAAAAAAUAAAAAGAAAGUUAAAACUCUUUGAGAAAACAAGCAAAACUUUAACUUUAACUUUAUUUUUUUUUUAUUUUUUUUUUCUUACUUCUAUUUUUUUUGUUUUGGUAUCUAAAAGAUCUCAUUUUAAUUUCACCUUCACUUCCAAGCAGACAUCCGCAGACGCAAAAGUAAAGUAUUCUUAUGAAAUUACGCGCAAAGAAAAGUUACUAUAACCAGCAACAAAAAAAAAAAAAAGAAAAGAAACGAAAAAAAACAAAAAUACAAAAAUUUUCAAGGAAAAACAAAAGAAGCAGAAGUUCAAGACGAAGAACAUGUUGUAUAUACAGCUACGGAUGGAUAGUAUUAAGCACACCAAUGUUUUAUUAUUAUAAUGCACAAACUAAAAUGCCAAAACAUAUUUCAACAAAAAAACUUAAAGAAAAAACAAAAAAAAAAAUAUCAUAUAUGACGAAAACGGUAUGCAGAAGAUGGUUUAGGUUCGCCUAGCCUCAAAA